UUAUAUUAAUUUUACUUUACUUCCUAAUCAAUUAGAUUAUUUUUUAAAUGAAAUGAAAGCAAAACCAAAAAUAUUAGGAAUUAUUGAUAAAUAUAUGAUUAAGAAUGAUCAUUUAGAAAUUAUUAUAAAAUAUGCAAAAAUUCAUAAUAAUAAUUUAAAAGAAUUACAUUGGUUUGGAAAUCUUGAUGAUGAGAUCAUUAAAGAUAAUAUGAAUGAAGCGAAAUCAAUUAUACCUUUAAUAUGUUAUCCAAUAUAUAAUUUUCUAGUAAAAUCAAUUUAUAAUAUCGAUAUAUUUUACUCUCGAUAUACUUUUGAUAUACUUUUCUUUGCCGACAUAACUAUCCGAUAUAACUAUCCGACAUAAUUAUCCGACACAACUAUCCGACAUAACUAACCGACAUAAUUAACCGACAUAACUAGCUGACAUAACUAUAUGACGUUAUACCGUCGCGGUAUUUUCAGUAUUUUCCGAAUUUCCGUUCCGCAGUAAGAUCACCUUUUUUUUUGGUACACAAUACACAAAAUUGAACCUGUUUCGGGAAAUCCGGAAAACUGUACUAAGCCUAUCAUUAUAAAUUGAAUGUAUUUUGCACAUCUUCACAUUCUAUUCUUUACCUUUUUCUUUCCACUUUUUUUUUUU